AUGACCUUAGAGUUAGAUAUAGACAUCGCUAGUCAACAUCGUCGCAUCUUGGACUUUGUUAAAGUGCUGGAUGAUCAAGUCGAAGUUCUUCAAAGCACUCAUGUGAACCGCGACGCGGUUCAUGCUGCCCUGCUAGAACUUGCCUACGAUGUCGUUGCCAUCGGAUAUCAUGCGGACACCGAGAGUGAUGGGUACGAUCCUCUCCAGAUGCAUUGCAAAGAUGUGUCUUGGACACUCAUUGUAACUAGUUUUCGCUUCACUGAGAACCCCUGCCCUACUACUUACUUGAAACAUGCUGCUACGCUCUCGAACCUCCGUGACAGCCUGCAAUUCUAG